AUGUCAUCAAAAACCUCUAUUACGGGUAUCCUUAACGUGACACCAGAUAGUUUUAGCGAUGGGGGAAAAUAUUUAUCCACACAAUAUGCCGUUUCUCAGGUUCAACUGAUGCUAUCAGAAGGGGCAGAUAUUAUUGAUUUAGGUACACAAUCAACCCGACCAAAGGCAUCCAAGCUAUCUGUCGAGGAAGAAUUGGACCAACUUAUCACUAUCCUAGAAGUAGUCAAAAAUAUGCCCGAGAUGGAGGGAAAGCUUCUAUCUAUGGAUACAUUCUAUUCCUUGGUUGCUGUUGAAGCAAUUAGCAAGGGGGCUCAUCUUGUCAAUGAUGUGUCCAGCAGUUUGCUGGUUUAUACCAUCAUGGAUGAAUCCGAACUUCCCUUGGAGUUUCCUGAUGGCACAACUCCUGUUACUUGCCGUGUCUCAAUAUAUGAUUCUUCAACCGACAGUAAGGUUGGGGUAGGAUCUUCUAUGGACAAGGCCCGUGCUCCUCCAUUGCCUGCUGGCAGUCUCUACAUGGAAGAAGUGCAAGUAAAGGUCAUGAAGAAUGGUUACAUUGCAACUGUAACUCUAUUCCAGUCAUGA